AUGACCUCUUCCUACCUCGCUCUGGUCAGAUCGACAACAUCUGGUCCAUCGCACGGUCCGCCUCCAGAAGCCAGCAGCCACUUCAUCACUGAAGGUGCCUUCACAAGGUUUGCUGACUGGAGAUUCAUUCACAAGGCUAGGCUCAACCUCGUUCUCCUCAAUGGAUGCCAACAGUGGAAAGCUGCAAGAGACCAGGAGUGCAGGUGCUGUGACAACCCCCAGGAAACCCUGUCCCAUGCCCUCAACCGUUGCUGGGGUAGCAAGUCCCGCGCCUACCAACUUAGGCACAACUGCCUAGUAGAGCGGGUGAAGAAAGCAGCUGAAAGAGACUUCACCAUCAUAUCCGAAAAUGAACAAGUCGCCGGUACACGACUAAGGCCCGACAUCAUACUUGAAGACAACCGGAAGAUCCUGGUCGUGGACAUCACCGUGCCGUUUGAAAAUAAACGAGAAGCAUUUGACAAAGCCAGGCAAAUGAAGAUCGAGAAGUAUGCAUCGCUAGUCGACAUUCUCAAGAAGCCCGGCAAAACAGUCGAGAUCCUACCCUUUGUCAUCGGUUCUCUUGACUCGUGGGAUCCCAACAACGAUUGA